AUGUCUGUAAUUGUGCAAAAGAUUACCGAACCUGUUCUCUUGGGUGAAAGUCCUCAUUGGGAUGAUAGGCAUCAGGCUUUGUUCUUUAUCUGUGUUCAGGGAAAGACCAUCAACAAAUAUGUGCCAUCAACGGGAGAGCACACCAAGACCCAAAUUGACGGAAGGAUAGGUUUCAUAUUACCAGUAGAAGGCGCCACAGACCAGUAUGUGGUGGGAGUGGAGCAUAAAUUCCUUUUAAUUCAGUGGGAUGGUGAAGAAGGCAGUAAAGCACCAGUCUUGAGGGAACUGGGUGAAGUAGAUCAAGAAAUUUCAAGUACGAGGCUUAAUGAUGGGAAAGCAGACCCUAAAGGGCGAUUGUUUGCAGGCACCAUGGGUUAUGUUCAAGGUUCUGCAGGCCAGUUUCAGGAGAAUAAAGGCUCACUGUUCAGACUAGACAGGAGGGGAAUAGUCAAGAUGUCAGACGGUGUUGCCAUCUCUAAUGGACUGACUUGGGAUCUUAAAGAAAAGGCAUUCUACUUCAUUGAUUCUUUGGAAUUCAAAAUCAGGCGCUACGAUUAUGAUGUUGAUACAGGAGAGAUAUCAAACAGGAGCUAUAUUUUUGACCUCAAGGAAAAGAACAUCGCUGGCAUGCCAGAUGGCAUGACCAUAGAUACGGACGGUAACCUAUGGGUGGCCGUUUUCGAUGGAUCCCGCGUCCUGAAAAUUGACCCUAGGUUGGGACACUUGUUGCAAGAGGUACCAAUACCCGCUAAGCAAGUCACCUCAGUCGCGUUCGGGGGGCGCAACUUGGAUAUUCUGUUUGUUACAACUGCUAGAUUGAAAAUUAACGAAGAACAGGAACCACCGUGCGGCGCCACAUUCAUGGUCACCGGAUUGGGUGCGAAGGGGCAUCCACAUGUUAAUUUUAAGCUGCCC